AUGGAGUUUACAACUUUAGCUUCUAUUGUCUUCUAUAAUGAUUCCGGGAACAGUAGCCAACAAGAGCUGAAGGUCUGGCCUUAUGCAGCAUGGGAGUUUGCCCUCAUUAUGAUCGCUGUAGGGGGGCCAUAAUCGUGUCCACCGUUGUAGGCAACAUCUUGGUGGUUUUAGCCAUAUUUACCAGCCGGGCUUUGCGGGCUCCGCAGAACUUGUUCCUGGUGUCCCUGGCUUCAGCAGACAUUCUUGUGGGAGCUUUAAUUAUUCCAUUUUCACUAGCCAAGGAGGUCAUGGGCUAUUGGCACUUUGGAAAUAUAUGGUGCAGCAUGUACCUGGCUUUAGACAUUUUAUUCUGCACCUCAUCCAUAGUUCACUUGUGUGCCAUCAGUAUUGAUCGGUACUGGUCUGUUACCAAAGCAGUCAGUUACAACCUACGGCGGACACCUAGGAGGAUCAAGAGCAUGAUUGCAAUCAUUUGGGUGGUAUCUGCCAUCAUUUCUUUCCCACCACUUCUUAAAAUGAACUCUCUUAAAGAGAACAAGUGUGACCUGAACGAUGACACCUGGUAUGUUUUGUUUUCAUGUACUGUAUCCUUCUUUCUUCCAUGCAUCAUUAUGAUAUUCCUGUACUGCCGUAUAUACCGAGUGGCAAAACAUCGAGCAUCUACAGUGUCUAAUCUCAGGAAUGGGCUUCAUGACGAAGUCCCACCAAAUGCAUGCUACCAUCAGGACUGCUGCAGACAUCCUAACUCCGAUGCCCACCAUGAUAAUGAUGAAAUGGACUUAGAGGAGAGCACUUCAUCAAUUCACAAAUUCUCAGAGCCAGCUUCCCAUAAGAUAGGCGAUGGGACCAGUAAUGCCAAAACAAAAAGGCUUUCGUGGACUGUGAACCGGGGACAAAAAAGAGACCGUUCAGUCUCUAUCUCUCAGACACGGUUGACACAACUAAGAGAGAAGAGGCUGACGUUUGUAUUAGCGGUGGUGAUUGGUGGGUUUGUGAUCUGCUGGUUCCCAUUCUUUUUCACCUACAGCCUGGAGUCUGUGUGUCGAGGCAGAUGUGGCAUUUCUGAUGCACUUUUUAACUUUUUCUUCUGGAUUGGAUAUUGUAACAGCAGCCUAAAUCCUGUCAUAUACACUGUCUUUAACCGGGAUUUCCGGAAAGCAUUCCGCAAAUUGCUCAUGCUUACUUCAAAAAAGGACCAUGUGAACAACAAAAAUAUGUGA